AUGAACACGGGCCAGUUUCAAGGUAACACACAGACAAGGUGUGCCACUGAACCAAUGGCACAUUGAGCGCAUUUUCGCUUUUAUGUGGAAACAGGAUGUUCGGCUUGGGAAUGAAUAGUUGCGGUUGAACGCUAACAAUGAAGGUCAUCAGAUCAGCAAAUAAAGAUAUAUCAUUUUCCCGUUUUAUUUUAUCAAAGAGAGAAGGGCUGUACUAUAUUAUGGUACGCGUGUGACCCCACUUUCCUCUCCCUCUCAAACUGGGCCAUAAACCCAGCGAUGCCCCGAUCACGAUGAAAUCACAUCUUAGCUCUCUAAUGUAAUACAGGGCCUGGAAGCUGGUACAUAUGUGAACGCAAGCCCCUGAGUCUCAACAGGUUAAGUGCUUCCAUGACGACUUGACUCACCAUGAAUUCUGGAGCCAGACUUACCCAAAGUAGUUCUAUAAGUCGUUCUAUACCAGUCUCCCAUAGCAACAAGGGUUCAAAUCCAUCAUAUAGUUCCCCCUCAAUCUCCAUCAAAAGUGCUAGCAUUCAUUCCAAAUGGUACCCUAUUCCCUUUAUAGUGCACUACUUUUGACCAAGGUCCAUAGGGCUCUGGUCAAAAGUAGUGCACUAUAUCUGGAAUAGGGUGCCAUUUGGGACGCAACCCCUUGUUGUGGCAGAGAGCAGCUGGUGGGCCAUUAUGCUGGAUGCCUAAUUUAGUGAUCAUAGGAAUGCUUCCUGUUGUAGACGAUACCAUUCACAAACUUUUUCAUCUGCCCUAAACUAUGCGGGCCGGUGUGAGUACAAAAUGGCUGAUCGGAGCAAUUUCUUUAGUCAUUUACAUGACUACUUCCUUCCACCAAUUUAUCGGCUGAGCGAGCUGUCGCUUCGGCAGCGCUCGCUCACUCGGUUCCAUCUGGACAACAGUCCUGCCUUAGUCACUCUGUGUGUGUAUGUACUGAUAUCUCACCAUUCAUAAAUCAAGUGCUGUGAGAGUUUGGGCUGAGGAUAAGGGGGAAUGACGCAGAAGAAAAACAAAGUAAAGUGUGUGUGAAUUCAUCUCAAUCCAACAUUGACAAAUGGAAAGGAGAAAUAAAAUCAUCCCCUGUCUUUGAUUCAAAUUAGGUCCCCUAUUCGCAACAGAUGAUCCUGGCUGCUAAAAGGGGUCCCACUUGGCUGUGGAAAUGAUAUGUGUAAACUAUGUAAUGCAAAUGUUUUAGCGAAGCUGGCUUUAAUUUGGUACCUUGACGAAGCACAUGAGAAACCUGCCUCUCCUUAGCUGUCUCGUUGAAUCAUAUGGAUAUAAUUUCAUCCAUUUACGUUUUUCUGCUCUUUGCUGUGGUUGCCACGGGGCAUUUGGAAGCAGGCAGAUUAAACGCACAUGUUUCCUCGAGCCGCAGCCUGAGCGCUCCGCUCCAGCAUUCCUCAGCUGAACAGAUCCUGAAGUGUUGGUGGUUUUCCUCGUCGGUCAGCGUAUAAAAAGGUACCUUGUGAUAAACGAAUACACUUCCAGUACCUUUAAAAAAAAAAAUCCGAUUAGAAUAAUACUGAAAAGCAACCAGUAUAACUUCUUAUCUAGGGUUUUAUUCUGUGGCGGUGUGUUGGAUUCCCAGAUUUGGCCACAAGAGAACACUUCACCUUGCUAGAAGCUUAGGCAAUUACGGAGCCUCGAUGCAUUAGCAAAAAUUAAUCAAAGCGGAAAACUGGUGGGCCUCGUUAAGCCCCAGAAUACCUAUUGCUUUUACUGAAGGGCCUCUCAAUAUGAGUAAUAGGGAUUUCAUGCUAGUUAGCAGCCAAACAUUUUAAUCCCAUUUCUCUCAUCAUUAGUCAGAAGCCUCCAGUCAAAAGGGUGGUGGUGGUGAGAGCAGGCCAGAAACAUGACAAGGUCCUGGGGUUUCACAGAUAUCAAAGGAUUCCCUCCUGUCAUCAGCAACACUGGAGACUAUAGCUGUCGAGAGAAAGAACUUAAAAAAGUUAUUCCGCACAAAAAACACAUUGAGGAGGUGAGGCCUUCGCUUACAUGACCUCAGACCGAUACAGUCAGAUACAGUACAUUUCUAAAGAACUGAACCUCUUGAGAAAACUCUUGUUUUGUUUAAUCUCUCUCUCUCUCUCUCUCUCUCUCUCUCUCUCUCUCUCUCUCUCUCUAUCUCUCUCUCUCUCUCUCUCUCCCCCUCUCUCUCUCUCUCUCUCUCUCUCUCUCUCUCUCUCUCUCUCUCUCUCUCUCUCUCUCUCUCUCUCUCGCUCUCUCUCUCUCUCCCUCUCUCUCUCUCUCUCUCUCUUUCUCAAGACUUUCCAUCAGAAUUAUGUCUGAGAUGUCAGCAGCAGCUUUUUCCCCCCAACGCCACGCAAUAAACGGGCGGUUUGUUUCGAUCAUCUCAGGCAUCUCAGUCAGGCUCUUUCUAAUGAGCUCCUUUUUGGAGGUUAGCGAUACACUGCGGCCAUUUAGGCGGCCAACUGUUUGGGCUUCUCUUUGCCAGUCAGAAGUCAUUUCCCAUGAAGGCCUCAAGCUCGCUGCACCUUCACAGCCCAGCUCUCUGGGCCCAUAAGCUGUCUGUUGUGAUCGGUUGCCGGCCCCUCAGCCAUGUCAGAACCCACCGUCACCCCAAUGUUUACCGAGCUGCCCGAGCCGCCCUCUCAGAGUGAGACAGUGUCAAACGCGGCUCAGGCCCUGCUCGCCCGCUCCCUUCGUGUGGUUAUCGUGCCCGUUUACCUUAGAACCAAUCAUUCAGAGGGGAAAGCCAAACAUGUUUAAAGCAAUUCAUGUGAUUAGCGUCUAAACUGUUUUCACAAAUAAUAUCAAAGGUGUGUUUAGGAGAAGCUGAAGCUGUCCUGUGUGGGUUCGACACCUUGGCUGGCUCCAGGCCUUCCCACCCAUACCCUCUACCUUGUCAUCCUGUUUUACUUCUAUGCUCAUCCAUUUUUCAGAAAAAUAAACAACCAAAUUGUUAGCUCUCACACAGCAGAAAAGUUAUACGCAUGCUGUAGAAUUUCAACCUAUGCCCCAGUCCUGCUUUAGACUUUGCCGACACCUUCCUAGUAACCCACUACACUAAAAGGUGCCAUUUUGACUGUCAGGUUAGCAACACCUGACCAUGCAUAGUAAAUGCUCUAUGAGCCAGUCAGUAAACCAAUGUCCUGUGAAUAAUGUGCCCAUGCCCAGCGGUGGUAGUAGGCUCACAACAGGCAGGGAAACUUCUCGCUCACUGGCAGCAUCCCAAAUGGCGCCCUAUUCUCUAUAGUGCACUACUUUUGACCAGGGCCAAUAGGGCUCUAUGUAGGGAAAGGGUGCCAUUUGGGACACAGACACUGUCUCACUGCCAGCCGACCUCGAGCACUAAUAUCCGGCUCUACGCGAUUAGCACGCUUUUCUCCACGGACCUAUAACUCUCAUUUAGCCUCAAAUUUGUAUUACGUUAAAGAAAGAAUGAAAGACGGAUUAUUUCCCUUAUACAUAAAUACACAUAUUGGCCCGUCAAUAAGGUUUAUAUUUGUUUUCCAAACUCAAAUGUUCGGCCCCGUAUUUCAAGAGUAGUAUGUGUCUGUCAGGACUGGCAUGCUAGUAUAGUGGCCUUCUCCUCUAUACAUUUGAUUACCCUGCCUCUAGAAUAAUAUGGCUCCAGUGUGUAUUGUGUGGUCUGACACUUUUAGAUGUUUUCCAAGCCCUCCGAUCGAGGAGGCCUGAGUAGGCACAUUUCUCUGCCCUGUGUUGAUGCAGCAUGGUGGGGCGAUCUCAUGACAUCGGUGUGCUGAAAUCUAUUGUACACUACAUGCCGGAUCAUGUGACAUUGGUCUUCUGUGUGAUAUUUCUCCUUGCCCUUUCUACAAUCCAAACGACUGCCACUAUGGCUGUGUGUGUGUGUGUGUGUGUGUGUGUGUGUGUGUUAACAGCUUUAAGGUGUCCACUUAUUACAACAUAAACAUGAGUCUUUAUGGGGUUGCUAAGUACGGAGCUGUUGUGCUGAAUAGUAAGCUAUGUGAGGGUGAUGAGACAAAGGAAUCUUCUGGUCAAUUUUUUUUAUGUUUGAAUAGAACAUUUAGACAGGCAUGGACACACACACACACACACACACACACACACACACACACACACACACACACACACACACACAACCUAGGUCAUCCGACCCAGCUCUACCAUGACAGGCUUAGGUUUCGUACAUAUUAAAUGGAGGGGGCUGUGAAUAGAGGGCCCUUCCUGCCUGUGCUGUGAGUGAAUGAAGGAGGUAAUGUAUGAGCAUUGAGCUCAGAUCAGAACUGAAGGGCCAUUAAAAGAAUGGUGUGUCUCUCUCCUUGGGCGUAACCCGACACUCCCCAACCCAGCUCGCACACACACACACACACACACACACAUUCAUGCACACACACACACACACAACACACACACGCAGAGGCUUCACUAAAGGUCAGGGGACAAUAGAGAGCAGCUCCUUCAUGUCAGGUUUCACUGCUGCCCAGGCCGCAGAGUGAGACGACCCGCUAGUCCUCUCCCUACAUGUGUGUGUGUGCGUGUGUGUGUGCGUUCGCUCGCACGCAUGUGUAUGUGUCCACGCCCCUGAUCGAUGCAUAAUGGCCAGGGAGGCGGAGCCGGCAGAGCCCUCAGAUAGGGUAACAGGAAAGUAAUUGUACCGGAAAGGGCCUUGAUGCGAUGCUCCUCAGUAGCCCCAAAGGCUCUCAUUGUUGUGGACCAUCAUGGCAGCCAUGACUGGUAUUGAUGUCAGGCUAAUCAUAGCCGCGAGUCUCCGUGAAUAGUUAAGGCAGAUUAAUGGAGCGGGAUAUAGGUUACAUUGAGGUGUACUGUACUCUACAUUUACAGUGAUGCGCCAUACACUUAAUGGCUGUAUACAGUAACAUGCAUAGAGGAGGAGGAGGAUGGCCACUGUCUCGGCCAAUCAGCUGUGUUUGUGUUGAUGAACGGGGGAGGAUAUGCGAGCAGACUCAUGAAUAAUGGGUGUGCUAGCAAAUCUGUGGUGUUCAUUGGCUGAGUGGAUAGGAUAAAAUGGGCUGAGUGGCCAGUCAAGAUCAGAUGUAAUGGGCUUGUUUACACUCAAUGCCACUUAUCUAGUUCAUCUACCCUCAUAUACUACGUCCUUUCUCCUGCAACCCAGUACCUGUCUCUAGGUAGUAUGCACCCCACUACCUGUCUCUAGGUAGUAUGGGCUUACUAUAGUGUCCCUGCACUGUAGCCUCAUCAGUAGCUACAUAGCAAGUUGUAGUAACACUAGUAGGUACAGUGCCUUCGGAAAUUAUUCAUACCCCUUGACUUUUUCCACAUUUUGUUACGUUACAGCCUUAUUCUAAAAUUGAUGAAAUAAAAAAAAUCCUCAGCAUUCUACACACAAUACCCCAUAAUGACAAAACGAAAACAGGUUUUUAGAGAUUUUAGCAAAUUUAUUAAAAAUAAAUAACAGAAAUACCUUAUUUACAUAAGUAUUCAGACCCUUUGCUAUGAGACUCGAAAUUGAGCUAAGGUGCAUCCUGUUUCCAUUGAUCAUCCUUGAGAUGUUUCUACAACUUGACUGGAGUCCACCUGUGGUAAAUUCAAUUGAUUGGACAUGAUUUGGAAAGCCACACACCUGUCUAUAUAAGGUCCCACAGUUGACAGUGCUUGUCAGACCAAGCCAUGAGGUCGAAGGAAUUGUCCGUAGAGCUCUGAGACAAGAUUGUGUCGAGGCACAGAUCUGGGGAAGGUUACCCAAAACAUUCUUUAGCAUCGAAGGUACCCAAGCUGUGGCCUCCACCAUUCUUAAAUGGAAGUUUGGAACCACCAAGACUCUUCUUAGAGCUGGCUUCCCGGCCAAACUGAGCAAUUUGGGGAGAAGGGCCUUGGUCAGGGAGGUGACCAAGAACCCGAUGGUCACUCUGACAGAGCUCUAGAGUUCCUCUGUGGAGAUGGGAGAACCUUCCAGAAGGACAACCAUCUCCGCAGCACUCCACCAAUCAGGCCUUUAUGGUAGAGUGGCCAGACAGAAGCCACUCCUCAGUAAAAGGCACAUGACAGCUCGCUUGGAGUUAGCCAAAAAGCACCUAAAGACUCUCAGACCAUGAGAAACCAGAUUCCGAUGAAACCAAGCAUCAACUGUUAGGCCUGAAUGCCAAGCGUAACGUCUGGAGAAAAUCUUGCACGAUUCCUAACGGUGAAGCAUGGUGGUGGCAGCAUCAUGCUGUGGAGAUGUUUUUCAGUGGCAGGGACUGGGAGACUAGACCAUAAGCACACAGCCAAGACAAUGCAGGAGUGGCUUCGGGACAAGUCUCUGAAUGUCCUUGAGUGGCCCAGCCAGAGCCCAGACUUGAACCCGAUUGAACAUCUCUGGAGAGACCUGAAAAUAGCUGUGCAGCUACGAUCCCCAUCCAACCUGACAGAGCUUGACAGGAUCUGCAGAGAAGAAUGGGAGAAACUCCCCAAAUACAGGUGUGCCAAGCUUGUAGCGUUAUACCCAAGAAGACUCAAGGCUGUAAUCGCUGCCAAAUGUGCUUCAACAAAGUACUGAGUAAAGGGUCUGAAUACUUAUGUAAAUGUGAUAUUUCAGAGGAAAGCCCAAAAAAUUGUCAAAGACUCCAGUCACCCAAGUCAUAGACUGUUCUCUCUGCUACAGCACGGCAAGCGGUACCGAAGCGCCAAGUCUAGGACCGAAAGGCUCCUUAACAGCUUCUACCCCCAAGCCAUAAGACUGCUGAACAAUUAAUCAAAUGGCCACCCGGACUAUUUACAUUGACACCCCCCCAUUUGUUUAUACACUGCUGCUACCCGCUGUCUAUUAUCUAUGUGUAGUCACUUUAGCCCUACCUACAUGUACAAAUUACCUAGACUAACCUGUACUCCCACACAUUGACUCAGUACCGGUACCCCCUGUAUAUAGCCUCGUUAUUGUUAUUUUAUUGUGUUACUUUUUGUUAUUUUUUACUUUUGUUUAUUUGGUAAAUAGUUUCUUAACUCUUCCUUGAACUGCAUUGUUGGUUAAGGGCUUGUAAGAAAGCAUUUCACGAUAAGGUCUACACCUGUUGUAUUCGGCGCAUGUGACAAAUAAAGUUUGAUUUUAUUUAUUUAUUAAAGUUUAUUUUUCUUUCUUUUUUUUUGCAAACAUUUUUGUAAACCUGUUUUUGCUUUGUCAUUAUGGGGUAUUGUAUGUAGAUUGGUGAGGGAGAAAAGCAAUUUAAUCAAUUUUAGAAUAAGGCUGUAACCUAACAAAAUGUGGAAAAAGUCAAGGGGUCUGAAUACUUUCCGAAGGCACUGUAUGUAUAUACAGAUGUAGGAUCUUAAUUUGGUCACCCUGUUGCAGAAGAACUUUCCUGCAAUGCAGGAAAUUUAAAACUUGUAGUGUAUUUCAGGUUUAAAAAGGAUUCAGAAGUUUGUAAUUUCCACUUUGAAAUUUCAGACUUGAUUUUCCCUUAAGAAAAAUUUACCAAACGCUAUUAAUUAUAAUCCACAUAAUAAUUCACAUUUUGUCUUGCUGCAGGAUUAUUUUCCUGCUGUAGCAAACUCACUCAAAUUAAGAUCCUAGAUCUGUAAAAUACAGAUGUGAGGUGUUCCUGGCUCAUAUGACAAUGUCUGAGUUCCAAAUGGCACCCUAUUCCCUGCAUAGUGUACUCCUUUAUGGGCCCUGGUCAAAAGUAGUGCACUAAACAGGGAAAAAGGUGCCAUUUGGGAUUAAAUCAAUGUCAUACGGUUACUAAUGGCUUUUUACAGUGGUCUGUGGAAACACAAGUGCUCAGCCCAUGUGAAAAUGGAAGAUGUUGACCAUGGCUGGUACAGUAGCUGUUAGUUUCCAUGGCCUGGUGUCAUUGUAAGGAAGGGACUGAUAGAGGGAGUGGGGGAAAGAGUGGGAGCACGCGCUGCUCUGAGUCACAGAGGUACAUGGAUACAGUGGCUUCAUUGUACCACUGUUUACUGUACAGCCUUCCUCUCCUAUUGAUCUAUCUCUCCCCCGCUCUCUCUCUCUCUCUCUCUCUCUCUCUCUCUCUCUCUCUCUCUCUCUCUCUCCUCUCUCUCUCUCUCCCUCUUCCUCUCUCUCUCUCUCUCUCUCUCUUCCUCUCUGUGUGUGUGUGUGUGUCCUGUUUUUGUGCGUGUGUGUGUUUGUGUGUUUCUAUUCUCUUACCUAUCCUCUCCUGCAGUUUGAGGGCUGCAGCAAGGCCUUUUCCCGCCUGGAGAACCUAAAGAUCCACCUACGGAGCCACACAGGGGAGAAGCCCUACUUGUGCCAGCACCCCGGCUGCCAGAAAGCUUUCAGCAACUCCAGCGACCGGGCCAAGCACCAGCGCACUCACCUGGACACGGUCAGAACACAUGGAGACAGCCUCCACUCUGGUUCUACUACCCACAAUUCCUACCUCCUGCUUCCUUUCUGCUGUAGAUCAUGGAUCAGGGCUGUUAUAAGGGGUUUGAGUCAAGGUUCAUUUUAGACACUGACACUCGUUGUGGGUGUGAGGGCCCUAAAAGUAGUGGGAGGGGCCAUUGUUGACAUUUGAACUCUGAUAGAGGUGACCUGAUUUGUUAUAGGAGUGCAUGGGCAUCCCCAAACUUCUGACCCUGUAUUUGUAUGGGGGAUUUGUAUGUAAAGUAGCGUCAACAAGUUUUUUGUUUAGAUUUCCCUUCCUUUCCAAGGCUGCCAUUCACUAAAUUUAAAGGAGAAUGGAACUGUACACAUGAAAGAGUCAAUGCCCAUUUCCAUCCCUUGACAGUGUCACAGUUCAAUUAGCAAAACAUCAGUCGGUGAGUAACACGCCGUUCUCACUCGCCCCACACUCCCUCCAUCAGCCAGAGGCCGUGCCGGUGCCACGACACGCUACAGAUCAUUAAAAUAUCACUUCCAUUAGUCCGACUCGAGUCACAGUAUGUGAAAUAAGCAGCCGUUAGGUUAGCGUGGAGCGUUUGGCUCAGACAGGGCUUUGCCUUGUCUCUCUCUGCUACAGAGGAGGAAGCAGUGACUGUAUAUAGAGGAAAGGAAAGCCUGAGUCAGCCACUACUCAUUCCUCCUUUCUCAGUUACUCUUCCACCGUCCUACUUUAUCACAGUCCACAGGCCUCAACCAGUCUCAGCCCCCCAGCCUCACUACCAUACUGACACCGCCAAUUCCACCACCAGCCCAAGACGCUGAUGGCCGCGCAUUAGCGCCCCGCCGAGAGCCUAAUUCCGCCGCCCGCCACCCUGCCAAAUGCACUUUGGGGAAAAAUCAUUUUCAACUAUGAUAUUUAUACUAGAAAGAAGUUGUGUGUGUUUUUUUCUCCCUCACUGGCUCUUUUCUACACUCAUCGGGUCUGUGUCGGGGUGGCGUUGCGUAGGAAUAACAAACAGGGCAGAGAUGAGUGGUGCUGAGAGCGGCUUGGAAUAACAAUGUGUUAUUUACAGAAUAGAGCGAGGUACAAAUGGAGAACUAAUAAAAAGGCGUAUCGCCUUUCACUUUAAUGGCCACCUUAUAUUCCACUGUACAGAAAGAGAAAAAACAUGCACUAUAUAUACAAAAGUAUGUGGACACCCAUUCAAAUGAGUGGAUUCGGCUAUUUCAGCCACACCCGUUGCUGACAGGUGUAUAAAAUCGAGCACACAGCCAUGCAAUCUCCAUAGACAAACAUUGGCAGUAGAAUGGCCUUACUGAAGAGCUCAGUUACUUUCAACGUGGCACCGUCAUAGGAUGCCACCUUUCCAACAAGUCAGUUCAUCACAUUUCUGCCCUGCUAGAGCUGCCACAGUUAUCUGUAAGUGCUGUUAUUGUGAAGUGGAAACGUCUAGGAGCAACAAUGGCUCAGCCGCGAAGAGGUAGGCCACACAAGCUCACAGAACGGGACCGCUGAGUGCUGAAGCACGGAGUGAGUAAAAACCGUCUGUAACACUCACAAUUGAGUUCCAAACUUCCUCUGGAAGCAACGUCAGCACAAGAACUGUUCAUCGGGAGCUUCAUGAAAUGGGUUUCCAUGGCCGAGCAGCCACACACAAGCCUAAGAUCACCAUGCAGAAUGGCAUGCGUCGGCUGUAGUGGUGUAAAGCUCGCCGCCAUUGGACUCUGGAGCAGUGGAAACUCGUUCUCUGGAGUGAUGAAUCACGCUUCACCAUCUGGCAGUCUGACGGACUAAUCUGGGUUUGGCGGAUGCCCGGAGAACGCUACCUGCCCAAAUGUAUAGUGCCAACUAUAAAGUAUGGUGGAGGAUGAAUGGUCUGGGGCUGUUUUUCAUGGUUCGGGCUAGGCCCCUUAGUUCCAGUGAAGGGAAAUCUUAACGCUAGGGCAUACAAUGACAUUCUAGAUGAUUCUGUGCUUCCAACUUUGUGACAAGAGUUUGGGGAAGGCCCUUUCCUGUUUCAGCAUGACAAUGCCCUCGUGCACAAAGCGAGGUCCAUACAGAAAUGGUUUGUCGAGAUCGGUGUGGAAGAACUUGACUGGCCGGCACAGAGCCCUGACCUCAACCCCAUUGAACACCUUUGGGAUGAAUUGGAACUCCGACUGCGAGCCAGGCCUAAUCGCCCAACAUAAAUGCCCCACCUCACUAAUGCUCUUGUGGCUGAAUGGAAGUAAGUCCCCGCAGCAAUGUUCCGACAUCUAGUGGAAAGCCUUCUCAGAAGAGUGGAGGCUGUUAUAGCAGCAAAGGGGGGACCAACUCCAUAUUAAUGCCCAUGAUUUUGGAAUGCGAUGUUCGACGAUCACAUGUCUACAUAGUUUUGGUCAUGUGAUCACAAGGGGAAGAUAUCUCCAUCACCAGGCUGCAUGCUGUGUUUUCUUCGCUAAUUGGCAGGGAGUGCAUUCGUUUUUACACCACUGGUGUAUUGAUCAAAUCAAAUGGUAUUGGUCACAUACACAUAUUUAGCAGAUGCUAUUGCGGGUGUUCCGAAAUGCUUGUUGCUUUUGUGAUCACGUUUAGUGCCCCCUCACAUCUUUUGGUGUAGUUUACACUAUAACUUCACUAGAAUAUAUCUUUAUAAACCUUAUAACAAAUGUAAUCGUUAUGUCAUCAAUCUUCUAUGGAGCACCAAAAUGCUACUUUAAAUGUGAUUUCUUGUAGUGCUUAAAAAUUAAGUAAAAUGUAACUCUCUUUCUCAUUCCUUCUCUCUUGUCUUCAAUUUCUUCAAUUAUUCUCUGUAUUCUCAGCUGAAAGGUAGGAGGCUAUCUUUCCUUUCUUAUUUCGUCACAUUUCAUUACUAUUCUGUGUCUUUUUAUUGUGCAUUUUUUGUUCUUGAUUUUUGUUAUUCUUUGGCAAUGUAACUUAAUGCCUAUGGCCAAUGCAUACAUGUGGUUUUAUAUUAAUCCAUUUAGAAAUGUUAGGUUGCUUUGAGUUGUGGUUGUAGGCUUCACUGCACUGUCAUUAUGGAAUAAAUAGUUGCUUUGAAUCAUAUACUUAUCAUAUACUAUUCAUAUAUUUGUCAUGUUCUAUAGAAACCGUAUGCAUGUCAGAUCCCUGGAUGCACCAAGCGCUACACAGACCCUAGCUCCCUACGCAAACACGUCAAGAUCCACUCGGCCAAAGAGCAACAGGUGCGUAGAAAGGUAAGACACUCAGCGAGAGUGAGAGAACUUACCGACAAUCAAAAAAGCUGUCACUUUAAAUCAGAGGAUGGGCUCAUUGUAAUGGCUAGAAUGCAAUGGAGGAGCCAUCCUCCCUUCUCCAGCCUCCACUUUCUCACACUGUACUUUUGACCAGUUAACUGAGAGCAGGUUAGGACUCUUGUCGAUCUUGUCAGGCCACAUGCAUCGCAAAUGUCCCCAGUAGGUGUAAUCAUCUCCGCUCUAAUGCGUAUUCUUCCUCACAGUUCUAUACAGUUGGUUUAAUUUAGCAGAGCCUUUGAAAACCAUUUCCCUGACAAUAGAUCAGAUUUGACCACAUUUUGUCAUGUUCAUGAUCAACAGCACACUCGUCUGCUGAUCGGGUAAAUAUGGGUGAAUGGAGAGGCUGAAUGGUCUCAUUGUGUUUAAAGGGCUUGAAUGGUGGCGGCCGGGCCUGGAUAAUGUGUUCUUUGCUUACCAUUGCUGUAAAACAGAAACACAUGUGAGGCUUGUACCAUUGUUAAUAAGCUGUAGCUCGAGCUGAAUACCCCAGUGGCCAGAUGUUGUGGACAAAUGUCAAACAAACCCCCUCACUCUAUCUCGGAGUAGAAAAAAAAGAGAAUCAAAUCUGUUAUGAAAGGCAGAGGCCCAAUUAGACUUGAUGAAUUAUUGCAAGGUGCUCGUAAGGAACUGUUUCCAAUCACGACAUGUGUUCGGUCACUUACUGACGUUGUCUGAGUGUCAAAAGAUAAUGUAAUGAUUGUCGAAUCGAUCAGUGAUAUGUAAAGACAGCAUUCCAUCUGGAAUCUUGAUUCAAGCACUCAUAUAUAAAAGAAAAUGCCUCACGCCAACUCAAAUAUCAAUCCAGACUGGCUAUUAAAUCCAUCCUGAAUGAAUUCCAUUGAAAUAGUUCAGAUGGCAGCCCUGGCAUACUAAUCUGUUAGGAUAUCUGUGAGUGAGGUAGUGCAUACUUCGAACCGCAUAUCUAUCCCCUUGGCUUGCUCCGUGGGCUUGUCCAACCUGUAAAUGAGAGGAUGGAUGAACAGAAUGAUAGAUAGAUGGACUAGUUGUCCUGGUCCCUCUGUUUCUCCUGGUCUAAUAAGAGGGCUGCCUGUGGUCGGGAAGCAGGCCUCUAAGCCUGUAAUUUCCUCUCAGUCUCUGUGGUUGAGAUGUCACCACUAACUAACUGAUUCACUGCUUUAUUAAAUACUUUUUUGCUUGUGGGCCAGUUUACACAAAUGUCCUUUAAUUCUUACCAUAGCCCUGAUGUUACUUAUGUCAGCUCUUACUGGCAGAGCCUCAGUGUCACUGUCCUCAUAGAGUGGUUGACAUUACACUACAAUGCAGUCUUUUAACAGAUGCUUGAAUACAGUGAGAGACUGACAUUCAGUGUAGUUUAGUGUAGCUUAUAUGUGUAGCAAUCUAUAGUUAAAUAUAGCCUAUUUUGGGAUCAAACCCACAACCUCAUAUAGUUAGCACUGUGGUCUAAUCAACUGAGCUAACCAGCCCACUAGACUAGAGAAUGAUGAGAUUCUCAUUAGAGCCAUAGAAGGAUCUCACCUAUCCUUUCAGUCCAGCCACACCAUAGAAUCAUGUUGGAUAAAAAUGCCUGCCUUUACCUUCAGCUUUAAACCAGGUAUUCAGUAUGAUCAACCAUGUCCUGACGUAACCACCCCCACUGGGAACACACGGGUUGAAUCAACAUUGUUUCCAAUGUGCAAUAGAUGUUGAAUUGACGUCUGUGCCCAGUGGGACAGCUCUGAAGGUACUUCUGGAAAGGGAAGGAAGACAUGGUUGUAAGGAUUCCUGCAAUGCACUGCCUUGGCGUGUACCAUGCCCUACUAUAACAUUUUACUACAGUGUAAGCCACUGCAAUGAUGUAUAGAAGAGAGUAAACCAUUUCACUGAUCUAUAAGACAGACUACCUACAGUUGAAGUCAGAAGUUUACAUACACUUAGGUUGGAGUCAUUAAAACUCAUUUUUCAACCACUCCACACAUUUCUUUUUAACAAACUAUAGUUUUGGCAAGUCGGUUAGGACAUCUACUUUGUGCAUGACACAAGUCAUUUUUCCAACAAUUGUUUACAGACAGAUUAUUUCACUUAUAAUUCACUGUAUCACAAUUCCAGUGGGUGAGACGUUUUCAUACACUAAGUUGACUGUGCCUUUAAACAGCUUGGAAAAUUCCAGAAAAUGAUGUCAUGGCUUUAGAAGCUUCUGAUAGGCUAAUUGACAUAAUUUGCGUCAAUUGGAGGUGAAUGUAUUUCAAGGCCUACCUUCAAACUCAGUGCCUCUUUGCUUGACAUCAUGGGAAAAUCAAAAGAAAUCAGCCAAGACCUCAGAAAAAAAAUUUAGACCUCCACAAGUCUGGUUCAUCCUUGGGAGCAAUUUCCAAACGGCUGAAGGUACCACGUUCAUCUGUACAAACAAUAGUACGCAAGUAAACACAAUGGGACCACGCAGCUGCCAUACCGCUCAGGAAGGAGACGCAUUCUGUCUCCUAGAAAUGAACGUACUUUGGUGUGAAAAGUGCAACUCAAUCCCAGAACAACAGCAAAGGACCUUGUGAAGAUGCUGGAGGAAACAGGAACAAAAGUAUAUAUAUCCACAGUAAAACAAGUCCUAUAUCGACAUAACCUUAAAGGCCAAUCAGCAAGGAAGAAGCCACUGCUCCAAAACCGCCAUAAAAAAGCCAGACUACGUUUUGCAACUGCAUAUGUGGACAAAGAUCGUACUUUUUGGAGAAAUGUCCUCUGGUCUGAUGAAACAAAAAUAUAACUAUUUGGCCAUAAUGACCAUCGUUAUGUUUGGAGGAAAAAGGGGGUAUCUUGCAAGCCGAAGAACACCAUCCCAGCUGUGAAGCAUGGGGGUGGCAGCAUCAUGCUGUGGGGGUGUUUUGCUGCAGGAGGGACUGGUGCACUUCACAAAAUAGAUGGCAUCAUGAGGAAGGAAAAUUAAGUGGAUAUAUUGAAGCAACAUCUCAAGACAUCAGUCAGGAAGUUAAAGCUUGGUCGCAAAUGGGUCUUCCAAAUGGACAAUGACCCCAAGCAUACUUCCAAAGUUGUGGCAAAAUGGCUUAAGGACAACAAAGUCAAGGUAUUAGAGUGGCCAUCACAAAGCCCUGACCUCAAUCCUAUAGAACAUUUGUGGGCAGAACUGAAAAAGCGUGUGCAAGCAAGGAGGCCUACAAACCUGACUCAGUUACACCAGCUCUGUCAGGAGGAAUGGGCCAAAAUUCACCCAACUUAUUGUGGGAAGCUUGUGGAAGGCUACCUGAAACGUUUUACCCAAGUUAAACAAUUUAAAGGCAAUGCUACCAAAUACUAAUUGAGUGUAUGUAAACUUCUGACCCACUGGGAACGUGAUGAAAGAAAUAAAAGCAGAAAUAAAUCAUUCUCUCUACUAUUGUUCUGACAUUUCACAUUCUUAAAUAAAAGUGGUGAUCCUAACUGACCUAAGAUUUUUACUAGGAUUAAAUAUCAGGAAUUGUGAAAAACUGAGUUUAAAUGUAUUUGGCUAAGGUGUAUGUAAACUUCUGACUUCAACUGUAGCUAUCAUUCCAACUGAUGUAUAUUACCUUGAAACCACUGCUAGCUUAAUAUAUCCAGGGUUGGAAUUAGAACUAAAACCACUGGGAAUGCAGGAAUUCAGCUCAAAAACAGGUUUGUCAUGUCAUAGUAAUGUUUUCACUUUGGGAGUAGUGUUCCCAAACACGCUGCCCCAAUUCCACCCCUGCAUGAAUACGUGAUAGACUGCAGUUUAAUGUGUGUUUUCUCACCCAGAUACCAUUGUCAGAAAGACAACUUUUCAUGUCAUGGCUUUGUGCUGGUAUGAAAGAUGUCCAACCAAACACUGAAAUUAAUGCUUUCUAACCUGUAUGUAUUGUCCAACAACCCCUCCCCUUCUCUACUUGAUUGACAGCUGAGGCCCUGCCCCCACCUGGAGCAGGACGUCUUGAGUGAGUGUCUGUCUGUGCAGCACCUGCAGGGCUCUGCCCCCUCCCAACACCAGCACCUGCAAUGCAACGCCCCCUCGCAGCAGCACCUGUUCAACGGGAAGGACGGCCGCUCCCCGGGACUGGGCCAGGACAUCUUCACAGGUGCACGGAGGUCACUCUACCCCCCUAACCCCUCACGCUUAACCACUAACCCAUAACCCCAGACCCUAACGCUCCAGGUAAAAGGUGCCUGUAGGAUCUAGGAUCAGCUCAGCUUUCAGAUCUAGGAUCAGCUUUCUUAAAAAUCCUAACGCAAAACUGACCUUAGCUCAGCUUCUAGGUCAGGACAACUUCAUCCUACUCCAACCCUUAACCCCCAAUUCACCACCCGACACACUGAUCUAUCUUUAAUAUUACAGUAAAUGUUGAAAUGACAUGCUGAUUUCCAGCCAUGAGGACAAUUGGCCUGAGUGCCUUCAGCUCAAUCUCAUGCUGAAUGUGAUACCUGAUGGAUUAAUUAGAACUGAUUCGGUUUGGAAACAAGUCCUUCAUGUUUUACAAGAAACUUUCGCCUCACUUCCCGCUGGUUGAGAGUUAAUUAGGACUUGGUGGAAAUCAAACUGAGAUGUCAUAAUAAAGAACAUCUGCAAAUGGCUAACAUUUGUGUUUUGCAAUUAACACUUAAUGUGACCUUCUCCGAUUCACAUUUGAAAAGUGCUUACUUUUUGAAUAAACUUGGAAAUCUCUCUAUGGAGAUCCCAUAGACUAUAGUACAGUCAAAUGGCUUGCGAAACAGAGGUUGAUGAGCAGGAUCAAAUAUAGUGUUACUAUGGAGGAAAGGAGAGAUGCCCUGCAGUGUCCACAGUUUAUGGACACAUCUGCCAUUGUUUGCUCAGUUUGUCCAAUCCAGACUCCCCAUCUCUCUCUGUUAUUGUUAUGGGAACACAAUGCACAUUUACUGGGGGGACUAUGAAAUCUUAAGUUGUCUUUGAUUAUUGAAUCGAUGCUUGAAAUACUGGCAUCUUUCCUUCUCCUCUCCCUCUGUUUUGAGUGGGUGUGUUGCUAGCUCCAAUUGUGACAAAUGUGCAAAUGGUUUCUAGCCCGCAGGAGCUGUUGUGUUGCUGUGGCCGUAUUGGUUGAUUAGGAGGCGUUCGAGGACGGCGGGUUUGUUAGGGUUUACGCCAGGCGAAAUGAAAUGGGAUUCAUCAUUGCAUGUGUUGAGCUUUGUUCUCUAGCCAACAGAGGGAGGAUAGUCAGCAGGAUGGGCAGAGCAUGGAGGCUCUUCAACAUUAACACUUCUAUAGCCGACAAUGAGUAGCACUUCUAGUUGCUGUGAAUCUUGUGUUUCUGUUGGUUGGUUUUUAAAAUGGCUUGGUUUUUGGUAUCUGUAGGUUUUAGUUCUAAGGCUAAAUAGAUGUUCAGUAGGCUCAAUCUUACUCUGAAAGAUCUUUGUUCCUUUUAGGACCUGAAUUAGUGUGUUUCGGGAUUAACUUCAACUGCUAGAGCACAUUACUGUAGAUGACCAUAAGUCCAUCUCAGUAUGACAGUCUACAAGUCAGGCUAUGCUGCCUACUAAUGUCACCACAAACAUCACCCUAACCCUUCAUAACCCUACAGAACCCCCUCCUAACUCACAAAGAAUCACAAAACUCACAGAGAAAACUCUCAGAACCGUCACAGAUCCUUGUCAGAACUGUCACAACCGAACGUUCUCAGGCCUGUCACAGAACCCUCUCAGAACCCAUAUAAAAAGAAAACAUUUAGAAUCGUCACAGAACACUCCUAUAACCAUCCCGAAACACGCAGGGAAACCCUGCACCGCUGAGGCAAGCGAUGAAAUUGAAGCAAUCACAGCGAUUAUUUGUAGAAUGUUUGCUGGUCUGGUAGCAGAUGUCGGGGCUAAAGGGGAAACCAUUUAAGGUCUGUGAUUGAUGAUUUGGGGGUAAUGAAUCAAGCUUGUAACCAUUUCAGAGAGCUGUCAGAUAGGCCCUGCUUCCACUUGAGCACAGCUGGGGGAACAGUACUGCAGAAACCAGGAGCGCUCCUCUCGUCUCCUCUCUUCUCCUCACCACCUCACUGCCCUGGACAGUCAACGACGCUACGCUGUCCCUCAGGACACUGGGAAAGACAUCACAGACAGGACAGAGUGAGGAAAGGAGAGACGAGAGAACAUAUUUACAGUACAGGAGGAGCAGUGAGAAGCAGAGGGGGCUGCUGACUUUAGUGCCUUGACCCUCUUAGGCAAUCUGAGAGCCCCUGGACAGAGCUGAGCUCUUUCAAGUGGAGCUCUCAGCAGAGCAUUCAGCUGUCAUUGUGAUUUGUCAUGAGCCUCUCACUGUUACAUUGCUGAUGUGAAUCACCAUCCAACAGAAGUACAGAUGUAGGAUCUUAAUUUGAACACCCUGUUGCAGGAGAACUUUAAAUUGAAAACUUGUAGUGUUUUGAGGUUUAAAAAGGCUUCUAAAGUUUGUAAUUUCCACUUUGAAAUUUCAGACUUGAUUUUCCCUUAUGAAAAUAUACUGUAUAAAUGGCUACAAAAUGUGCAUGAAUUAUAAUCCACAUAGUAAUUCACAAUUCCUGUUGCUGCAGGAUAAUUUUUCUGCUGUAGGAGACUAGCUCAAAUUAAGAUCCUACAUCUGUAGACUGACUCUUUUCUGAUGCUCAGACAGGAAGGUCAGAUGCAUUUAAACUGCUACAAGUAUUUAGGGACUGGCACAGGGGCACACAUAUGUACACACACACGUAUACGCACAGACACACACACACACACACACACACACACACAGAGAGAUCCCGAGCCACAGUGCCUGUUCUCUCAACUCCACUCAUGUUCAAAAUUCCUAUAAACUCUUCUCAUCAGAAAUCUUAAUUCUAUUGUACGAAAUAAAUAGUAUUGUAGCCAGAACAAAACAUUUAAAGGACAACCGAGGCCAACCCCUGUGGCAGCACAAACAAUGUACUGUAAAUCACAAACAGCACAAAACAAUAGAACGUUUUAUUUUUCAAAGCUCUCUCUGACUGGAUGAUCAGUUGUGAAAACAAAAGCUUGUUGCCAUGAAAAGGCUUUUAAUUUGGUCAAAGGGAACUUGGCCGAGUGAGGGCCUCAAGUUGGCACAUUUAGUGAAUUAUCCUUGUUUGUCUUUCAGGCCUGUACACUGGCUCCAGCACUCCCCAUCACGGUGUCUCGGUGGAGCUCCUCUCCCCAGGACCAGCCCCCACCCCUGGCUCAGCCUCCGCCCCUGACCUGCCUCUCAGACAGCCCCGCCUGGACCGGGACAUGAGCAGCCCGCAUCAUCUGUCCCCUCUGUCCACCAUGGAGAGCACACGUGACGGGUGAGUCCCCUAUAACAUACUACUGUGAAAUCCUGUAUGUACAUUAUACACACACUCUAUUGUGGUCACAGGUCACAUACCACAGGAGAUUGGUGGCACCUUAAUUGGGGAGAACGGGCUCGUGGUAAUGACUGGAGUGGAAUUUGUGGAAUGGUAUGAAAUACGUCAAACACAUGGUUUCAGGUGUUUGAUGCCAUUCUAUUUGCUUCGUUCUGGCCAUUAUUAUGAGCCAUUCUCCCCUCAGCAGCCUCCUGUGUCACAUAUCUAUGGUAAUAUUGAUUUGUUUAAUGCACACACACUCAAACACACACACACACAUACACAUGCACAUACACAUUAUUAUAGCAUACAUUUCAUCAAUAUUAUCACGCUGAUCCCAACACAGUGUGAGGACACUUGCGAAAUAUAAAUUAUUACUCUGUUGUGUGUCAUCCAAAAACAAUUCCCAUUUUAGUGCAAAAAACAUAUUCGGGCCCACUGUCAAAUCACUUUAGCUGUCUUAAUCAAAAUCAAAACCCAUGCUCUGUCCCAAAUGGCACCCUAUUCCCUAUGUAGUGCACUACUUUUGACCAGGGCCUAUAGGGAGCCCCAUAGGGCUCUAGUCAAAAGUACUGCAAUAGGGUGCGUAGCCAUAACCAUGACCCUUCAGAUACAGCACUCACAGGAGACAAUUCUGGAGGCCAUGGUGAGGUCAGAAUGAUGCAGCCAAUAAGAUCCACUCUAUUUCUGGCAUUGUGUCCAAUGAUCCACAGGUCCAUUCGAGUCCCAACUGGGGGUUACAGAGUACUCCCAAUGACCUAACUGUUUGGCCCAGGAUUAAACAAAGGUUUUAAAGAUGAAACUGUCAAAGCAGUGUGGUGAUGACUCCAUUUGUGUGAUUGUGUAGUGCAUUAACAGCACUUAACCUUCAGUUCUUUAAACAUACUCCAUGUUGAUUUAGCCCUGUCCGUGUAAUCUGUUGUCACUUUUAUUUGGCAUAUACACACCGAUGUGUGUCAGCUAAUUCAUUCUGAACAAGUGUUGAUUGUAUUUAGUAGAGGCACAAUUCUAACAAGAUUCCCUUUUUCGAAAUACAUGUUGGCUAGAAUUACAAUAUAGUGGUUUAAUACUAAUACAAUACCUAUAGUAUUUUAUUACGUAGCAUUGGUGUAUGAUAAGUGCAGUACUAACUAGGCUUAGAGAUGCUAACAGAGCGCUAGCUACCGUCUGUUCCAUUGAAGAGGCACUAAAUCCUGCUGCAGAUUAACAAACACAUUUCCCACUCUGGCUGCUCUCUCUCUCUCUGUAGGUUUACUUCAGUGCCUCAGAGAGAGGAGAGAGAUCUGGUCCAACUUUUCUUCUAUCGAUAUACUCUCCUCUCUAUAUCUAUCUAUAUCAUAUAUCUCUCUCUCUCUCUCUAUAUAUCUUAUGUCUGUAUAAAUCUCUGAUCUCUCUCUCUCUCUCUCUCUCUAGCUCUCUCUACUACGAGAAGAAGACUCUCUCUCUCUCUCUCUUUCUCUCCUCUCUCUCAUUGUUUCUAUAUCUAUCUUGUACUAUCUCUCUAUCUAGCUCUCUCUCUCUCUCUCUCUCUCUCGCUCUCUAUAUCUCGUCUCUCUCUCUUCUAUCUUCUCUCUCGGUUUGCUUUUUCUCUCUCAGCAUGUUUCCUAUUAGUGUCUAUGAUUUCCCCAGAGAUCCAGCAGAGCACAGUAACAAAGCCAAUGUGUCGUCAGGAGGCACUGUGUGUACUGUACAAAACAACGGGGUGAAAACCAGAGGGAGAGAAAAUGAAAAAACGUUUCACCAUUAAAAAACAUUUGGAGGCAAUGGGGAUACAAUCAAGCAUUGCAAAAAUGGUAACAAAAGAAUAGUUUUACAUAAGCAUGGUGUGUGUGUGUGUGUGUGUGUUUGUGUGUGUGUAUGUGCGAGCUUGCGUGCAGUGAGAUGUCAUGUUAGGCCCUUUCUGGAAGGUGCUGUGUUUUGUCAAGCAUUAAAACAGCAGGAAUAGAACUCUGUAGAAUUACAAUGUGGUUUCAGGAUUCCUUGGUAAGUAGUACUACAUACACACACAAUUACUGCUACUGGGAGAGAGAUGCAAAGUGAAAAGACAGUGUGAUUAGGCUUUUGUAACACCAGUUACACAACACACACAUACACACCAACAUGAUGACAUAUUGGAAGUGAGACAGGGGUCUGUUUUUCAGUACGAUUGAUGAGGACCAUCUGAAAUAUACCACUGUGAGUGGAUGAUGUAAGUGGAUAAUUUUCCUACGUUUCCUUACAAAUGAAGAUAAAGUGCCAGCUGGCAAGACAUGGGGCUUAAGUGAUCGCUCUUGUUCACGUCUGUCUCUUUGCCCACCCAAAGCGCCUACUUGUACGUCUGUGACGCGAUGACAGCGUUUCAUUACGAGAAUUGCAGCACUUUGUGGAUUUCAUCAAAUUUAUCAAAUUGCGAUACCUGACCAAAAAUGCAUGUACUAUACACAUACAUACAGUAACAGUACAGCUUUAUCUGCCCAUCUAAGAGAGAGAGACCUGUGCCAGGACCUACAACAAACUGGGUAUGAAACGUCUACUCACAUUUGCCUGAAGAUGGAGCAUUUGAUUUACAUGUUUAAAGCCUUGAGUAUACAGGCCGCUGCCAAAGUCAAUAGCAGCGCCGCACUUGUUUUUCCCAAACGGUUUAGCAGGACAUUAAACAUUUUGACAAAAUUAUCUAACUAACCUGACUCUAGUGCAGCAGCAGCCUCUGACCUCAUAGUUAAAUGUGUUUACUCUGGCUCAAAUGGGCCAUUUAGACUAAUUUUACUUUGUAAAUAGCAGUGUCAUUUUUCUGAAGCUGAUAUUAAAAUAUGCCAGUUAAAAUAUGCUUUCUGUGAUCUGUGGCAUGCGUAUGGAGCUUGGAGCAGGAGCGAGAGACACUCGGGGCCUCUCUCACAGACACGGCCAUUCUACAGUUGGUGAGGGGCUUAUAAGCGACGAUGGGUGGUAAAGGUUGUCAUUCAGUGCCUCUUUACCAUAUGCCGUUCUAUAAUUACAGGGGCCGGGCAGACAGAAUGUUUCCUGUGUAUUGAUAUUAGAGCCCCUCUGCAAAUAUUAGUUUGACAUGGUUUGAUACCUUGUGGAGUACAAGGAACUGUGAUUGACACAAUCUAAUUGAAUUAGAGUGGCUGCAGAGACAGCGUUAAGAGAUACGGUUCUGAAGGGAGACAGUCAUUCACAGUCAGCGAGUAACUCAAUGCCAUCGAUCCUCCAUCCAUCCCUCCAUUCAUUAUCACCCCUAAAUCAUCUGCACAGAGUAUCAAUCUCCCAAGUCAAACAAAAACAUUCCAUCAUAGUCAUUACUUCAACAGACAGGCCGUGGUCAGAGUCAUAUAUACGUUUCUGGACGUGGUAGUAGUAGGAUUAGUCAUGGUUUUUUACUGCCUUUGCUAAAUGGCUUAUUCAAAGAAUAAUUCAGACAAUUCAAAGUCAAAAUGUAUGUAGUGUUUCAGUGUUUCCUCCAGUUUUUUCGGCGGUUAUCUCACUAAAACAAACAGAGAGCUUUUAUGGGCCCAGGAAAAGCUCCUUGACUGCUUAGUCUUGGGCUGUAGGGUUAGCUUAGCUCAGCACGGCCCGUCUCUCACGCGUGGCUUUAGCGCGCUAACCAGAACCAGGCGCAUUCCCACCGUCCCGCGCCAAGCCGCCCAUGCCCAUCCAUCAGAGGGGCUUAAUGUUGGGCCGCCGAGGGGGGACGGAAGGGGGUCUGAUCCAUGGUCCCCAGUGGGACAGGAAGGGCAGGUGAAGGAAGACGAACGAGGAGCAGAGCAGCUCUCCUCAUGAAUCUUCAUCCUGAACAUCAAGCUCUCUUUCCAUCUUUCUUCCCAUCUUUCCAUCCCCUCAUCCCUGUAGACAGAACCAAGCCUUAGAGGACAGAUCCUAGAACGGCAAAGGAUUGCAUCACUGCCAAUUUUAUUUUUUGCUUCUUAUAGACUGUAUAUAACCUGACAGAUAAUCCAGUGCUGAUAACGUCCACGUCCUCCAUACAUACCUGCUUGUGUUGUAGGAAUGUGAAUCAUUUUGACUGGAUUGUUUUAGCCCGAGGGUGAUGUUACAGUGUCCAGGUUGGAAUGCAUAGUCCUGAUCCGUUUGGUCUGUUGUAGGAGUACUUGAAGCCAAGUUUAUUUUAGGGCUCAAUCUAUGUCUACUGAAUCAAAUCAUAUUCCCGGAAUCAUAUUCACUUUGACGUAUUACCUUAGUCAUAUUCACUCAGUAUUAUAAGUUAGGUUAACUGAGUCAUAUUCACUCGGUAUUAUAAGUUAGGUUAACUGAGUCAUAUUCACUCAGUAUUAUAAGUUAGGUUAACUGAGUCAUAGUCACUAAGUCAGGUAAAUUGAGUCAGAGUCGCUGAGCCAUAGUCUAUCCACGGUACUAUUGCCAGUAAGCUGAGUCAAAGACUAUCUGGCUGAAUGCUCCAAGCAGUGAGGUCCCUCAAACACUUGGCCCUCAGUUCUUUUACACUCACCCUCUCCCCCCGUCAAUCUGAAGCCCUCACCCCAACAUCUCACCCCUAGCCCUCAUCAUCCCACCCCUGAUCUCGACCAAUAGCCAAUAGCCUAUCUAUUAAUAGCCUCUAUGUCAAUCUUUCAGGGGUCAGGGGUUAAACCACUCUUUCACAGCAGAAGAAGGGGUCAGGGAUGGCUGGUUGGAAAAAGGCAGUAAUGACAGGAGGAGGAGGAGAAGGAGGAUGGAGGAUUAUCAGGGAAGGUGAAUACCAGGGGAGAGAUUUAUACUCGGUACAGCAUAUGAAAGAUUCCCCUCAUUCCUUGAGCCUGAGCACGCGGCAGCUGGCAGUGAUUAGCUUAUGAUUCACUUUAGCUGCGCAUAGAGGCUGCUUGUAAAAAUAUGAACAGUAUAACUGUUUCCUGAGUUUGUGCUGACAGCAGCUCCCGGGGGAGCGCCGCUCUCCGCAGAAACACAUGGCCGCGGCACUGGGCCCGUGCCAAUGGACGGAUUAGCCACGCUCACCGCUAGCGUGGAGGCCCACUAAGUGCUAGUUCUAAUGCUAACGCUAGGCAGGGAGAAGACGUUGGUUCGACACUGCGCUGGUUCAAAUGUUUCUGUGUGUGUUUAGUGGAGAGGCGUGUGGCUCUCUAAGCUCAAGAGGCAGGAGAGAGACACAGAGGGUUUGCUUUAGGAUACAUGGUAGCUUAAAAAGAGGUGGAUGAGUCCAUGGUUAGUACAUGGAGAGGUUUCAAAUAGAAAGGCCUAUAUGGACACAUUCAAAAUACCUAUCUCUAACGCAUAUCUUUAUUUUAUUAGACAUAACCUUGUUUAUUUAUCUAUGUAUCCUUUAUUUAACCAGGUGAGUCCCAUUGAUAUAAGAAUCUAUUUUUCAAGGGAGCCCUGGCUGUGCCUGAAACUUAAUCUGUUCCUGUGGGGUGUAGAAAGGCUGUGCCAGGUAGCGUCUUAGCACUGGGUGGUACUGACCUUGUAGUUGAGCUAGCUCUCUCACACAGUUAGAGCUAUGUCAUCCUGGCCUUAGAGGUGAACAGUCAUCUGAGGUUCUCUGCUGCCUCCAGCAACUCUCUGUCAUCACAUUCACAGAGCCCGUACUGUAAACCAUAUGCAUCCAUCCACGGCACAUAGUAACACAGCAACAGUUUAUGUGUUGGCAUUCGUGAAACACAACUGGAAAAGAGUACUAAGUGGCUAUUGAAUAUUUGUGAGGAGAUUGGGCCUCUUUAUAGAGAUUUGUAUCUUACUGGUCUGGAUAUCUGUUUUAUUUAGUUAGGAAAGAAAGUGUGUUGGGAGCAGAGCAGAAAUGUGAUAUUUGUUUCUGCAAAUGGACUAAGUACAAUUAUUUUUCUAAUAAAUGCCCUUCAGAAAAUAGGCAUGAUGUUUUUCAUAGAUGUUUCAAAUGGUUGAAAUGCACUCAGAAGACAUCUGCAAUGUUUGGGAUGAUGUCACCCAGAUGUCCUUUAAUACUGACAUAGGCCUACUGUGUUUUCCACAUGUAAUUGACUGGACACAACAAGAAGAGGUUAGAUUAAGAAGGGGAGAGUGCAGCUUUCUGAAUAGAUAGAAGAACUGAAUGGAUUACAUACAAAUGAUGCUUUCUGUGACAGUAUUUAUGGAAGGUUCCUGUGACAGUAUUUUGUAAGAGCAUGUGGUAUCCUUUUGAAAAUCUGCUGUCAUAACGCUUGAAUACAAUAGAAGUUCACCAAAACCCACUGCAUUCCAUGACUUUUUUCACGUUGAUUGCAGGUUUUUCCAAAGUCCUAACGGCGUAACCAUGUUUCUAAUUCAAAUGGUUGGAACAAGUUCCCAUCUGUUAGUUAUAACUCUGUUUUAAAAAACAAUUCAUCACGCUUGUUGUUGUUUUCCUUCCUCUCUGAAAUGUGGUGCGCUCAACGCAAAGUGUGAGUCUUUGAAGUGUGAACUGAAGAACAAGGGGAAUACACUCCACAGAUCUUUUGGGUAUUGGCACAGUACCGUCUAGUUGGAGCUAUUCUGCUUACCAUUUCUAAAGAUUUGUUUGCACACAUCUGUGUCUAAUACCACCACGGACAAAGCUUUAUUUAUUUAAUCACAAUCCAGAAAGUCUAUGAGGAAGCUUUGGUCGUUGCUCGCCCCGAGCCGUUCUGUCACAAAUAUGUCAUGCUCAUAUGCCAUCUCUAAAAUAUUGGAGAUAGUAAACACGAAUAGGCUUUCUCCUCCGAGGCCACAAGGCAAGGAGUUAAAGAAACGGGGGGCUUGGUUUCAGUCGAAUGCACACUCUCGUGUUUAUUGACUUUAGAUCGUAAUAUGGGAUAGAUGGAGGAUUAUGUAUGGAAGCUGAAGUUUCCAUUUACUGACUACAGUACAUACAGUACAACAUAUGUUCUUCUGAGGGGCGUUCAAGACUCUUUAAGUGUGUUGGUUAGAUAAUGUGUUGCUGAGUACAUAGCACUUUGAUAAAGAGACGUUUGAUUCAAAUAAUCAUAUGUAACCACAGUAUAUACAGUGUAUACAGUAAAUCAUUGUUUUGAUGCACUUGAGCAUCUGAUUAUGUAAAAAUAUUCGGAAAUUAGACAAUUAAUUAUCUUGCUCUAGCUCUCGCUCUCUCUCUCCUGCAGGGUGUCGGGUCCUCUCCUCUCCCCAGGGAUGAAGGGUACAGGCACUCCUCCUCCCCUGGAGAAGCAGCAGCAACAGCACAUCCACCCCCACCACAAGCCCUACUCUCAUUACCACCACCAGGCUGCCAGUGACGGUAAGACCAGCCCUGACCAGACUCAAUACAACCCAAGCUAACCAACUGGGCUAUUUAGUGGGCUGGAAGCCUCAGAGAGUUGGUUAAAGAUAUAAAUGUGUUUUACACUACCGACUCCACUUUCUGUCAUGUAGGAUAGAUAAUGCAAGCAGUUCUAUGCAAUACAUUUCUAUCUGCAACUCUCUGAACACCCCACUUGAACUUUUAUGGAACUGACACAACUUUAUUUCGUGUGGAAUAGAGAAGAGCAUCAAAUACAUUUCUAACUGCACCUUUUAAAACAUUCCAUUCCAUUGAAUAGGCCUCAUACUUUACCACCAUAUGAACAUGAAAGGACACAAGUAGAGGAAGCAGUGUCGGAGAAUUGGGAUGCGGCCCGUAGGUCUGUCAGAGCAUUUAGCAUUGCUGUCAGAGAGACAGAGCAGGCAAAACCACAGGCGGAAGCCUCCUCUGCUCUGAAUUAGCCAACAAAACGCUGCCUUCUGUAGUCAGCUGUCUCUCUCUCAGAGCUCCACCAAGGCUGCUCUAGUUAGCUGUCACUCCAGACCUGCUCCCUAAUGCCUUAAACACAGCUUUCCCUGUUAAAGAUCUACGCAUGGACGUCUCUCAAACCACGCUGUGGUCGGGGAGUUGCGUAAAGCACUCCAGAAAGGGCUGCUUUCACGUUAUCAUUACUUGAGUACAAAAAGAGAAGGGGACAAUUGACAAAUGCUACCACUGAGGAACUGGAAGAGUUAGCGCGCUAACACAAAUGUAGCGUUAUAAUAGCUCGAAGCCACACAUUGUAUGGAAUCACUUUACAAACAUAAUAAUCACUCCUUAACAUACCAUAUUGUUUGGUCACAAUGAAUGCCCCCUUCAGACACUUUUAUUACCUUUUUCUUCUCCCCUCUUUAGCCCAUAGAAAUAUAAUUACUAAAACAGGUAUUCCCAUUCAAGUCUUAGGGUCUAGCAGCCGUAUUUAGUGUAUCCAUGAGUGUUCCAGUUAAAUUAGUGUGAGGGGCUUUUCCCAUUCCAGUAAUUUUAUUUCAAUGCUUGACGCUCUCCUUCCUUCUCUCUGUAGAUUACCAAGGCAGCUUUCAGAGUUGCUUCCAUUUUGGAGACUCCUACAGAAUGGAGCAGUCUGUGAGUGGUGUUCACUUACCAGCGGACUCACAUGGCUACACUUCCCACCAACACAACGGCUUCCACAUGUCCAGCACCAGCAGUGGCUCUCCUGCAGGUGAGACCCUGGGAUAUAUCACCUCCACUUCCUCCUUUUCAUCCUCCUCUUCUAACAAUUGAUGUGCUUCCCUGUCAUUAUUCUCCAUCUCACCCCUUUUCAUGUAAUUUAUUGUUUAUUCUGUCUUUUCACCUACUUCUUCACUUCCUAAACAAGAAGUAUAUUGUGUGUGCCUGUGUGAUAAAGCAAUUCAUUACUUUUUAAAGACAGAAUUUUAAGAUAUCUUGAUGUAGGUUAGAUCAACCAUUCCACACACACACUUAAGCGUAGCAUCAAAGCUUGUAUCUAAGGAGUCAUGGCUUCUUCUCCCCCAGGCUUCAGCUUGGCCCAGGAUCUCCAGGGGCCAGGGGGGUGCCAGUUCUCCUCCAGCCCAGAGGAGAGCAUCUUCUUCCAGGUGAACAGCUUCGACCGCAGCCUGAGCCAGAUGUCUUCUGUCUACACAGAGACAUAGAGGACCUGAUGCUGCCCUAUGUACCGCUAUACUGGCCUCUCAUGGAAGAUGCAUUUCAAUAGUCUGAAGUGGCAUCCUUUCCUUGGUCUCCUUUCGAGUUUGUACUGAUCUAGAGGAAACAAGCUAAGGGAAAGCAAGCCAAUCGGAAGCUUCCAAACCUCUGCGUUGCUUUUUUGUUAGAUCAGGGUGGAUGAAAGGAAGGGGACUAGGAAAGGGAAUUUUAGAGUAUUGAGAUAGACCCUAGAAUAAUAAGUUAUUCCAUGGUUCCACUGGUCAAUGGCCAACCUUUGUAGCUUUUUCUACUGCUCUGAAAGAACUGUCAGUCAUAACUCUGUAGCACGACAGAGCUCCCUACAGCCCUGCCGAACAGAUACCACAUGGACUCAGAUGCAUCCAAAUGGACACAUUUCAAACUGAGACAUGACCUACUCCAGAACUCCCUCCCCUUUCUCUCUCCCGCUCUGUCUCUACAUCAUUCAAUCUACUAAAGACUGAAAUGUAGACAAAUAUAUAUAUACUUUUGCUGUGUUGUUUUUACAGUGGAAAAAAUGA